AUGUCAUCCCACUCCUUGGCCAGGCCAGCUACAGCUCUCCGGAAGAACGUAUUACUGGUCAUCCGCGCAUCUUCCUCCUGUCAAUUCCACACAACCGCCGCCCCACUCGCCCGCUGGGUCCGUGACCGCAACAAAAACCGUGGUGUCUCCGCGAUCCACCGCCAGCCGAAGAAGGGCAUUCAGAUAUCCGUUUCCAAUGUUCCACUCCCAGAACCGGUCCUAGACGCCUCUAAGCGAACGCCUGUGAAGGUCAAUCCUGACCACGGCCUUUGGGGAUUCUUUCGCGAGAAGAAGGCAUUGCCGACACCGGAAGAGGACCAUAAGCAUGGACGACCGUGGACGGCGGCAGAAUUACGACGGAAGAGCUGGGAGGACUUGCAGAAGCUUUGGUGGGUGUGUGUUAAAGAGAGGAAUAUCAUGGAGACUCAAAAAAUUGAGAGGCAGAGGCUGCAACCGGGAUAUGGCGAAUUCGAGUCGAAUACGAGAUAUGGGCAGAUUCGGGUUACGCAGCGGGCUAUUAAGCAUGUCCUUACGGAGCGAUAUUAUGUCUGGCAAGAGGCUCAGAAGAUUGCUGCGACCGACCCCGAUAUAGACCUUUCCGAUAAAGGGCCGGCCUACCAACCACUUGGUUCGAAGGAUGCCCUUCCAGGCAGGAGGUUGAAGAAGGGGAAGAAGAAGUGCAAGGGUCCGCCAAUUGUUGAUCCUAUACACGAGGCGCGCCGAGAAGUACUUGGGGACCUGUCUCCUGAGCCCCCCAAAAAGCCGCCAGCUGCAUAAUUGGGUUUGGGAUACCUUUGUAUUAUAAGUUAGAUUUGGGUGUUGUACAAACGAUUGGGGUUGAGAAAUGUUUGGAUGGUGGG